UCAAAUGUCGGUCGAAAACAAUACAGAAAUUCCCGAAUACGAUCCUGAACAUAAAUAUAAUGACUUAAAUUUUUGGCAAGACAGAAAAAUUCCAGAAUUCAAAAUAAAAAAUGAAAUUAACGGCAAAGGAGAUAAUGGUCCAUAUAACUACAAGAUUCAGUCUAAAAUUUACGAUAAGCAUACGAAGACAAGCCAAACACGAAAAGUAAACAAGGGCGAUUUACGUGUAUACAAAAAGGAAUUAAAAAUGGCAGCUGGUCAGCGGUAUCAAAGAUGUCCGCCCGUCAGGAAGAAUGCCGCAACUAAUAUGAUUUUUCUAACUCACGAAAAGAACUCAAUGCCACUUAUUAACCCGAGGAGAUUGUAUUUUUACAGUUCCAUAUAUAUAUGGAGGGCUUGCGAACCUUUCAUCAACCAAAUGAAGAAGAAACUGUGGCAUGUUAACAGAUCAUUUUGCUUAUUUGGCCGUAGAUUUAUCUCCAUAAUGGCACGAUAAAUUUUUCAAUUUUCUUGCUAUAAAAAAAAAUUGUUAAAGGUUACCUGUCUUUUUUGUAU